AUGGUGUGGUAUCAGAAGUUUGAAUAUGCUGUAGGCCACUGGCUGCAAAAGACUGCGGAGCAUGUUCUCGGUUGUGUGCUGUGCAGCCCAGGAUGUUUUAGUCUUUUCAGAGGAGCUGCACUCAUGGAUGACAACGUCAUGAAGAGAUACACAACCAAAGCCAGUGAAGCCAGCCACUACGUCCAGUAUGAUCAAGGUGAGGACCGCUGGUUGUGCACUCUGCUGCUGCAGCAGGGCUGGAGGGUGGAGUACAAUGCGGCAUCUGAUGCCUACACCAAUGCUCCACAGGAUUUUAAAGAGUUCUACAACCAACGCAGGCGCUGGGGACCUUCUACCAUGGCCAACACUAUUGACCUCCUGGGCUCAGGCCGACUGACCUCCCAGAGGAACAGCUCUAUCUCAAAACUUUAUAUAUUGUACCAAGUUAUCAGUAUGGCAGCUUCCAUCUUGGGUCCUGCUACUAUCUGCCUCAUGAUAUCAGGAAGCUUUGUGUUCAUCUUUAACAUGGAUAAAAAUAAUGCCCUUGCUUUGGCGAUAGUGCCUCCUACUGUCUACCUCAUCCUGUGCUUCAAACUGAAAUCUGAUACACAGAUUAGAAUUGCAGCAAUCAUGAGCAUUAUCUAUGCAUUUCUCAUGGCUGGAACAAUUCUGUCUAUCAUCGAUACUUUUCUGACCCCUAGUGGUCUGUUUCUCAUCGGCAUGGUCAUGUUGUACCUCAUCACAGCAGCUUUGCACCCCAAGGAGUUUUCACUGGUCAUCUAUGGAUUGUUAUACUUCAUCUGCAUUCCCAGUGGCUAUCUGCUCUUAGCCAUUUACUCCAUUGUCAACAUGAACAAUGUCUCGUGGGGGACUCGUGAGUCCGGAGUCCAGGUGAAGACUUCUGCAGUAAACAGUCUCAAGAAGAAGUUUAUGAACGCCACAUGCUGCAAAUGCCCAUGCUUGGAAUAUGAAGAAGAAACGAGCAUGGAGGUAUUACAAGCAGAAACCACAACUAAAACUGAAAUGCCACAAAAUGCCACAGAAACACAAAGCCGCAGCCGCAGAAACAAUAUAAGGAUAGUAGGGUUACCUGAAGCAGUUGAAGGACCCAGACCCACAACUUUUUUCGCCGAACUCCUCGUCGAGAUUCUCGGAGACCAGACACUUCAAUCCCCUCCGAAGCUGGACCGAGCACAUAGAACUCUGACUGCAAAGCCACAACCUGGCGCGCGGCCCAGACUGGUAAUAAUUCGUCUUCAUCGCUACCAAACCAAAGAUCUGAUUGUCCGUGAAGCCUGCAAGAGGCGCGGGAAACUACAGUACCGCGGAACGUCUAUCCAGAUUUUCGAGGACUACACACCAGAAGUGGCGGAGGAACGAGCUAAGUACAGAGCAGUGAUGGCCAAACUUUAUAAUCUCACAUGCAGACCUGCGAUUCUCUUCCCGGCUCGCUUACAGAUCACCCUAGAAAACGGGACGAAAAAGAGGUUCUCCUCUCCCGAGGAAGCUGCGACUUUUGCGGCUAACCAUAAGAAAACAUCAAGACCUGAGUAA